GUCACUACAAAACGCGCAUUUGCGCAUUUCUCUCCCGUUAUUGAGCGGUGAACCAUGCCGUGGGGCUGCUGCACUGUUCGAGAUGUGGGCCCCCCGCCGAAGGUCAUCUUCGGCGACGACCUCGUCGUGCGUUCGAGCAACGUGGAUCUCAAGGUGCCGCUCGUACUUCUGACGGAAUACUUCGAGCCCGUCUUCCGCCACUACGGACCCAAGACAGCCUUUAUCGAUGCCGUGACAGGAGCGUCGACGAGCUACCAAGAGCUGUGGGAGCAGGCGACCGCCAUGGCGUCGGCGUUCCGGCAACGAGGGCUGAGGCCCGGCGGCAAGGUCUGCUUCCACUGCUCCAACCACGUGCAGAUGUGGCCGGCCGUCUUGGGAAUCACUAGCAUUCACGGAGUGCUCGUCAUGGCCAAGGCUUCGCUCACAGUUCGAGAGCUCCUCUACCAACUGGAUGACUCGCGACCCCAGUUUGUGGUCACCGAGCGAGAGCUUGUGCCCAAGAUUGAGGAGUGCAAGGAAUCUGUGCCCAGCAUUCAGGCAAGUUGUCCAAUAAUCUGCGCAGCUUACUGCGUACAAACACGUCGCUUUGUGGUCUAUGACGUAUUCCUUUUCGAUGAAAGCGCCGACUACACGACUCUGAGCGAGCUGCUGGAAGAGGGACGCUCAGCCGGCACGGACGAAGGCGGCGGUCGACCCCCGCGCACGGACCCUCGGGACACACCGAUGACCGUGCUCUAUUCGAGCGGCACAACAGGCCUGCCCAAGGGAGUUGUGUCCUCACACUUCAACUUCGUCAGCCAGAUUGUCCAGAGCGGGAGCAACGGCGAGCAGAUCCUGCAUUACACAGACGUGCUCGCCCAGUGGAUGCCUUGCACGCACCUGUCGGGUGUAUUUUUCACGCUGAUAGCACUGGCAGAGGGAGCCACUGUGGUGCUUCUCCCGGGAUUCCGCAUCGAGUUGCUUCUCGGCUCUAUCCAAAGGUAUCAGGCCACAUUCCUUCCCCUGCUGCCGACAUUCGCUGUGAUCGUGACCCAGUCGCCGCUUGUGGAGCGCACCAACGUGUCAAGCGUACGUACCCUGGGCAUCGGUGGCAGCGUCACGCCGGAUGUGGUCAUCCAGGACCUGCUUCGCAUAUUCAACCUCGAGACCCUCUUCCACGUGUACGGAAUGACAGAGAUGAGCGGCAUGGUCAGCGUAACACCUUUGCACCACGUCUCGUCGGGGACCGUUGGAUAUCCGAUGCCACUUACUGAAAUCAAGAUAUUGGACCUCGAUACCGGAAAGCCGCUCACCGCUGACAAAGAUGGUGAGAUGUUGGUCCGCGGGCCCCAGAUGAUGCUGGGAUACCUCAACAAACCGGAAGCAACCGAGAACGCUAUCGACGCGGACGGCUGGUAUCACACGGGCGACGUGGGUCACUACGACGAUCACGGGCAGCUGUACAUCGUGGACCGCGUUAAGGAUCUGAUCAAAUGCAUGGACCAGCAGGUGGCGCCUGCAGAACUCGAGGACUUGCUGAUGCGCCAUCCAUUCGUGCGCCAAGUGGCCGUGGCAGGCGUGCCGCACCGUCAGAUGGGGGAGGCGCCCAGAGCCUUCGUCGUGCUCACCGACGAGGCGCGCGCCAUGUCUGCAGAUGAUGUUGCGAAUCAACUCAGCGAAAUGAUCGCGGAAACUUCGGCGCCACACAAGCACCUCCACGGGGGUGUGCAGUUUAUGGAAGAACUGCCGAAGUCGGAAUCGGGAAAAUAUCUCCGCCGGCAGCUUAGAGAUCAGUAUUUGCAAUCUAUCUUAUGA